CCAGGCAGCUGAGGGAGCUCAGUAGAGCCCAAGACGCCACGAGGGGAGGGUCACAUGGGGCGCCUCUCAAGAUGACCGCGGUAAAGGAAUAUGGUGCAGCAGGCGAGGAGGAGGAGGAGGGUGUGGAGGCUCUUGAAGCUGAACAUGUGUACAUUCUCAUGAAAAAGGAAUAUCGCAUUUCUCGUAAUGUUCGUGCAGAAUGGUACCUUCGCCGGAUAAAUUCCAUCAUAUCUUUUCCAAAAAGAGAAAAACUUAGAGAGAAUGAAGAGGAACUGGAGGUUGUGUCUGUUAUUCCUGUGGACAUUCCUCAGGAGUGGGAUUAUGACACAUCACACCUGUAUAAGUAUCGCAUCACUCAGGGCACGACACUUCAUUUCCUCUCUCGGAAAUAUCGACUAGUGUUCUGCUUAGAUUUGUCUCCAUCUACUUCAGUUGUGGAUGUCACAAAGGGCAGCGUUGUAUUAGAUGAAGUUUUUGCUACUUUAAGACAAUGUUUAAAAGGCAUUGUUAGACCUUUUUAUGUACCAGGGAGUCAGCUGCUGUUCCAACCUGAAGUGUACCUGACAAUUAUUGCUCACACACCAUUCUUCAAGUCCCAGUCUCAGCAAGUCUUGGUCCAGGGAUGGCUCCUCAUGGUUCACAACUUAGAUGAAUUUCUUGACAGUAUACACAUUAAACUUACCAAACUUGAGGCUCAGCUGGCAGAGGCUACUGCUCAGACGUAUGGUCAAAUGGACAUUACUCGUGAAAAAUGUGAUCUAGUGCAAGAGAGAAUGACGGAGGAGGCCAUUUUCUUAGGACCGACUACAUUAACAAAUCCGAUGGUUUCACCAGAUAUUGGCUUUGUUGAUAUGUUGAGAUAUGGUAUUGUAGCUCUUCAGUUGCUACCAGAGAACAGCAGUGCAGGUAUUGUAGUGAUCACAGAUGGCGUAAUAAGCCUUCCUGAUGCUACGGUGUUCGACUCAUUAUUAGUGCAGCUCAGGAAUCAGACAAUAGCUUGCAGUUUUCUUCAGCUUGGAUCUGUGUAUCAUCCUCAGGCCUCGUUAGGCUAUGUUCCAUUCUCAGACCUCAUGAGUUUUUUAGCUACGGCAACGUGUGGGGCCUAUCUACCUACUUUGCCACCUAUUGGUGAUGACUAUGAUUAUGACAUGAACAACUAUCACAAAUCUCUGUUGUCUUGGGGCUUCCAGAAAUUUAUGUAUGGCCUUUGCCCAGAUAAUGAUAAUGACCAUGAUGGAAUGAAUGGAUUUUACAGCCUUCUUCCAGUAGCCCAAGAAGCUACAGAACUAAUGAGAAAGAAAGAAAGAGAGAAUCAGCUAAAUACAGCUCUUAAUGCUGUCUUGUCAUGCAGGCUUAGAGAAGGUUAUGCUAUCAAGCAAGUUACCAUUGCUGAUGACCAGAUACAGCUGGUACUUGUUUUACCAUGGAAAUAUUCAAUUUUUAUUGAAUAUCACAUCAGAUCUGUUUGGCCUCCAACACAGUCAUUUGUCAACACUGAAGUCUGGAUUGAGGCAACAUACGAAUUUCUCAAUGAUGUGACAAGUGAUGUGCACCGUCAGUUUCGCUCUAAAUAUCGACAAAGCAUGGUAGCCAAGUACUGGAGUACUCUUCAGCAUCUACGUGAUACUGAUAUGCUAUUGGUUGGUCUGCAGUCCUUUGCAACUAACCCCUUAUACUUUACCAUUCCUGAUUGUAUCAAAAGAGGCCAUCCUGUGUUCUAUCGAAAUUCUGGACAUAUCAACUCCAUCUCUGAUGCUACCAGUGACCAGUUCCCUCAGUUUACUACCUUCUGGAAGCCGGUGUGUAUGUUGGACACCAACAUCUGGCAGAAGUGGAUGCACACCCAUCGCAUUGGAAUACUCUUGGAGCAUGACCAUCCUCUCCCCAAGAACCUGCAUAUAACCAAUACAAGUGGAAGGUAUGGAAUUGUACAUUGUCGGCAGGCCGAGUCGGCUCUCACAGCACUGCUGGCAGAAUGGUGCGACUUUAUACUUAUAGAGAAUGACUCCUACGUCAAAUUUUUUUAUCGGGAAGGUGAUAAAGAAAAGACACCCGUUUCUUUCUUUGUGGUUCGUAUUACUUCCAAGCCUCCGCCAUGUCUUGUUAUUCGUCUGGCAUUCCUUGGAGGAACUCCUGGACAUAUUAGAAACCAAUUGGUGAGUCACAUCCGGGAGAAGAUUCAAGGACUUACUUUCCCAUCACGCAUGGGUCUUACGGAACGCAGCAAAUCUCUACCUCCAGCAAUACACCAGACACAGGACAAGAUGGGAGAGGAUAUGUCCAUAUCGGCAUCGAGUGACCUGAGACCGACAGGAGUGCGACCUGUUCUCGCUCGAGUAGCUUCUAACAUUCCCUGCUGUGUCAUCACCCACAAACCUGUUGAGAAGAUUCUUAUAUGGUAUGACAAGAUGCCCAGUAACCUGUUGAGUAUUGUUCCGGAAACACCCAUAAGCUCAUCUACUAAAUCAAUUUACCUAAAGCUGGGUACAACAAAGUCUGCUACUCACAAUAUGGCUCUACUCUCCCGCUACUUGCACCAUCGACGUUGGAUCUGGGCAGUACAGGCUCCCAGUGCUCCAUCUGUAUCACUCAAUGCUGUUGCAAGGAUUCUCAACACACUUUCAAGAAUAAGACUUCAAGAAGGCUUCAACUUUGCUUAUUCUUGCAAUGGAAUCAUUACAAUGGUCCGAGAAUUUGACAUGAAGUUGGAGCUGACCGAGAGUGAAGGUAAAGGUGUUCUGGAGUCGUGUGGUGAGAGUGGUCUGGCCACCUUCCCUUGUGUUGCCCAAUACGUCAUCUUCCCACCACACAUAUCUAACUCCAGCAGAGACAGUAUUGUUGAUGAGGACUGGGAGGAGGGAGACAGUGUGGAGGCUGAUGGAGAGAUGCAGAUAGUUACAGAGUGUUGGGUUGAGCCGCAAAAUGGGGUUGUCACCUCGCCCUCGCCUCAUGCUCUCCAUCUCCACAACUGUAACUACCGUCAGCUGGCACAGGCGUUCUUCCCAGUGGAUGAAAAAUGUAUCUGGGGACUACUGACCGUGGAACACUUGUUGCUGAUGUGUCAGGGUGGUGGCAGUGGUGGUGGCAUUGAGGCUUCUGGGCUUGUUGACGCUCACCAACCUGCCGAAGUAAACGGCGAUCCUGCACUGCGUAUCACACAAGUACCAUUUUCCUUUGAUGUUAUCCGACUCCUGCCCAUGUGUCAGCAGGUUGAACUUCUUGUCUCCACGUAUAUACAAGAUUUAUUUAGCAGUCUUGUAAAGAGAGUUACAUUUGGAUGUGAAACAUCAGUGGAUGAGGCCAACCAGAUUCUGUACAGCUUAUUGCUGGAUCAUCUGUGUCAGUUACAUCACAACCGAGAGUUUCAGCUCAGUCCCAGUGAUAUGGCAGCUCUACCGCAUGUCCUUCAACAACGCAACCGUCCCCCUACUGCCAAAUCCUCACCAUUUUCUAACACCUAUAUCAAUAAAACGAGUGAUCCUCCCAAAUGGCGGUGUUUCUUGAAGGGCAUUUCCAGCAACCACCUCCUAAUUACUCUUCUACCAGCAUCUUACAGUGACCUAAAGUUGCUGCUAGUCAAACGUGCCAAUAUAACUGAAACCAGAAAUAUGGCUCUCAAGCUUGUUCCAAAUUCUUCAAGCUUCUUGGACUUAGACACUGAGACUAAUACAACUGACCAGCCUCCGGCAGGUCCCAUGUCAGAGCAACAGAUAUCUUUAGAAAGUAGCACAUCAUCGCUCACACACAUGACAUCUCCUAGUCUACCUCCACCCACGCCGACAAAUAGUAGAUAUGCCACUGUGUCAGUUGAUGAGGUCGGUGAUCAUGCUCCAUCUAGAAUUCGCUACAAAUCUGGUCCAAUCUCUCAAACAAAUUCACAUUCAGUUCAGCCAGUAUUUUCUGAUUCCCUCCUGCGAGAAAGAGCUAGUUCUUUCCAUGUUAGUCGAGAACGUUGUAGUUCUUUUGGUCAGGGAGCUGGAGGUGCAGAAAGAAACCGCACUGGGUCUGUAGAUUCACCAACCAAAGAGCCUCAGAAUGAUGUCCCUAAAAUCACCUCUCCUAAUGAACAUGUCAGGAAAAGGUAUAUCUCGAUGCCAUCUAAAUCAUAUUCUGGCAUAUAUGAUCCUAUUUCAACAAUCAUAUCGGCUGAAAGUCUGAGAAAUGAAGAUAGUUGUGUGCCCCUCCAUUUACAAGCAGUUGGAGAUGCAGGAGAAACUGAUUCUGUACGGAGAGUUUCCAGCCUGGAUGAAAGUACCAGUGCUGUAAAUCCAUCACCUGCCUACAAACCUCUGUUUGGUGCAGUUACUUUGCCUAUUUAUGUGUAUGAUUGCAAACUGAGUAGUAUCACUACUCAGCUCAUAAACUGUGACAAUCGUUGUAGCGUUGUAGGGAAGGAUGUUUAUGUAGACGCCACUUCCAAAUUAGAGUCUGAAAUUGUAGAAGAUACAGUUCCUCUGAAGGAUGACUCCACUCCAUCUGCCACUAGCCUCCAGGAAGAUCCAAAACAACCAAGCCCAGAACCACGCUCGGAAGAAUCUGAUGUUGGAGCAGAUUCAAGCUGUCUUCGCGCUCAUGUAGAAGCAUUGGAAGUAUUGUACCUUCGCAGUUUUGUUCUAGGGGUGUUCCAAGCAUUACAAAGAGAACUAACUAUUAAUGCACACGAUAUGCAAGUUGCUCUAGAUCUCUGUCAUGAAUCUGUCAUGGAAAUUGAGAUUACAAAUUUUCUGCAGACAAUUUGUGGGCACCUUCGAGAUUUCCGGUUACGCAUGGAUCUUGAGCAUAUACAUCAACGCUGGCCAGAACCUUCUGUUCCUGAGACAGACCCACCAGAUCAGGGAACAACCACAGGAAAGCAAGCGAAGCAAGAGUCAUCAGCGAAUUCAAGUGACAUGGCAGGUCAGAGAAGCAGCAGUGGGAUGAGCAGCAACAGGUUCCCACUCUCCUUGUUGAAGCUACACCAUCCUUGCCGGGAUCUGCAGCAACUCCAUUCAAGUAUUCGAGAACGCUUCUUGACCAUCCUUCAGGGUUCUUUCCACCCAGUUCCAUCCCUACCCGAUUACUAUUUUUUCUCACCUCAGACAUUUCGUCGAUCCAGUGAGGGAACACCAGUAGGAGAUUUCAUCUAUGUGUCAUCUCGGGAACUGGAACAAUGGGAAAAGGAUCAGCUUGACCUGACGAGGCAUCGAAAGUUGCGAAGAGUAUCUGUAAGCAAGAAAUCUGAUGUAUUUACGGAGGGUGAAGAAGAACUUGAUGAUGAAAAUACUGUUAACGGUGGAGAGGAGGAGGAUGAAGAUGAAGACCAUGAUAAAAGCAUUGAAUUCCGAUCUGAAAUUGGCAGUACUGUAUACCAUCGUCUUCAUAGUCAACUGACAGCUUUUGAAGGAGAUGAAGACAAAACGUCAGUAAUCAGUGAACGCGAUGAAGACCUCAGCACGUUACCUGAUAAUAUGGAUCUAGCCGAUGGUCCCAUCCCUCCUCUCUUUCUGCACUUCACUUGUACAGUCCGACUUGCCGGUCACGUACAGUCUACUUUAUCUAUGAAGACAGUACCUACUUGCCUUAAUGAAAUUGUGGAUUCAUUGAGGGGCAAUGAUGUGGACUUGUCCUCAGUCAAUGUGACAUUGGAUGUUUUGUGCAUGACACUACCUCCUGCCUUAGCCUCAAAGACAGCAGGAGAGUCGGUUGCUUCCAUGAUGGAUUCAAGAUCAGCUCGAACUACUAGCUUUUGCUCUAUGGCUUCACCACAGCAAAAACGAACAAGAUCUAUAUCGGAGUCAACUUGUGCUUCAUUAUCAGAUAUGGAUGAAUCAUACAUGGAAGAUGAAGACCAACUUGGCCAUCUUCCAAAUUACCAGCAUCAAGCUAUUGUAUCCACUGUUGAUGAGAUAAAGUGGCUUUUACGUGAUGAAAUAGCAUCAGCAAUGCUACAAGUUUAUCCUCUAGCAGAACAGACACUGAAUAUGGUAGCCACUCAUGUGGAGAGUUCACGGCAAGCCCGGAACUGUAUUUCAGAAUCCAUCCCCCUCAACUUUGUUUGUGGCAUGGAACAAAGUAGAGACAAAUUUAUGCAAGAAUUUGGACGACUUAGUGUUAGUGGUCACCAUCUGAAGCAAGAGGGUUCACUAUAUUAUGUAGUUCAAGAUAAGACUCAAAUGAGGAGGAGACAUUUCUCAACAUUGGUACCUCCUCUUGGAUUAAAAAAUCAGUUCCUCAUUGUCAGGCCCCAGCCCCAUGCUGAUGAUACCGCCCAGUUACGGCAGAUGGACUCUGGAUGCUUGGCCAAUAAGGUCAGUCUCUCUUCUCCAGAUGCCCUCACAAGCCCUCCUGCCAGACUUCAGGCUACUAGGGUCUCAUUUGAUACUGAGCGACAUUUUCCCGAAUGUUCAGGUGAUGUGGAAAAUAGUAAUCAGCGAGCAGAAGGAUCAGAAAAGGAGAAGUGGGUUCGUCGCCGUGAACGUAAAGAGAGAAGAGAUUCUGAAAGACGAGGUUCUAUCAAUACAUCAGACUCUGACAAUGACAUCAAGCAAGUUAGAAGUAGUUUCUCACGAGAAUCAUCACAUCAGUCACAUGAAGGAAAAUUACGGUCAUCUGAGUCUCCAAAGAAAAGCCUCACACCCUCUGCUACUUUGGCUAUAGCAAAGUAUGAAGGGUGUGAUGCUGAGGAAGAGGAAGAUGAUGAAGAUAAAGAGGACGAAGGUAUCAGUGACAAUGGGAAAGAAUAUCGGGGUUUUUCAAACAGCCCUCCAACUUCUAUAGGACAUGUUGAAGAAGCUCUACCUUCUGUAGAAUGUAUUGAAGAGGCUCCAACUUCUGCAGGUGAUGUUGAAGAAGCUCUAACUUCUGUAGAAGGUGUUAAGGAAGCUCCAAUUUCUGUAGGAAGUGUUAAGGAAGCUACAACUUCUGUGGGACGUGAUGAGGAGCCUCCAACUUCUGUGGGACGUGAUGAGGAGCCUCCAACUUCUGUGGGACGUGAUGAGGAGCCUCCAACUUCUGUGGGAUGUGAUGAGGAGCUUCCAACUUCUGUGGGACGUGAUGAGGAGCUUCCAACUUCUGUGGAAUGUGUUGAAGAGCCUCCAACUUCUAUGAGCCAUGCUGAGGAAGCCCCAACUACUGUAGGCCAUGCUGAGGAAGCCCCAACUUCUGUGGGCCAUACUGAGGAAGCUCCAACUUCUGUGGGCCAUGCUGAGGAAGCCCCAACUUCUGUGGGCCUUGCUGAGGAAACCCCAACUUCUAUGAGCCAUGCUGAGGAAGCCCCAACUACUGUGGGCCAUGCUGAGGAAGCCCCAACUACUGUGGGCCAUGCUGAGGAAGCCCCAACUCCUGUGGGCCAUGCUGAGGAAGCCCCAACUCCUGUGGGCCAUGCUGAGGAAGCCCCAACUCCUGUGGGCCAUGCUGAGGAAGCCCCAACUCCUGUGGGCCAUGCUGAGGAAGGCCCAACUCCUGUGGGCCAUGCUGAGGAAGCCCCAACUUCUGUGGGCCAUGCUGAGGAAGCUUCAACUUCUGUGGGCCAUGCUGAGGAAGCCCCAACUUUUGCAGUGUGUUUUGAGGAGCCUCGAGCUUCUGUGGGGCGUGUUGAGGAACUUCCAGCUUCUGUGGGACAUGCUGAGGAGCCUCCAGCUUCUGUGGGACAUGCUGAGGAGCCUGUAAUGUCUGUGAAACAUGUUGAGGAGCCUCAGAUGUUUGUGGGAUGUUUUGACGACCCUCCAACUUGUGUUGCACCUGUUGAAAAACGUGCUGAUGUUGAAAAUUUAGAAUUGUUGGGAGAAAUUUCUAAAAAGAUGCAUGAUCUCCUUUCACCCAAGAGCAUAGAUGAUUAUGGUAAUAAGGAUACACAGUUCUUUGUGAAAAAUACUUCUUCAGAUUCAAGUUGUAUCACAACUGAAGACAAACCUAUUGAAUCCAAAGAUAAAUGUCAGAAUCAAAUUGCAGAUAUAUCUGCUUUAUCAGAGAUUUUAUCCUCUAAUCCAGAGAGGAAGGAGAAAACAAAUCAGGGUUGUGAUAAUAUCUCGCAAACACUAAGAUUUUGUGGAGAGACUGAAUCUGUUGAGUCAUAUCGGACAGAAACUUUUAUACCAAAAGAUGGUAAAUUGGAAGAUGUAGAUACUGAUUCUGCAUCUCGGGUGCUAACUCUUGUAGAGGGGGCUUCAACUCUUCUUGAAAUGCAAAAGCCAAUGAAGGAUACUGGUCAUCGUUUGUCACUCCCUCUUAAUGAGCUGAUAAGAUGUGGCUCCGAAAGUCUUCCUCGUCCUUCAGUGUCUGCAGAAGUGAUCAGGAAAUCGGCUAGCACUGAUAACUUUACCCCAUGCAGCACUGAAGCAUCUGUUGAACAAUUAAAAUCUGCACCCAGCUGUGCUAUGAACUCAGGAGGGAGCUGUGGUUUGUGGGCAGAAUUUAUAAAAAGCCGUCACAAUUCUUCAGAGCUUAUGAAGAGCCGUAACAACUCGGGAACAAACGCUGACCUGUUAAAAAGUCGUCAUAAUUCAGGAACUGGAGGAGAUAUUCUUAAAAGUCGUCACAACUCUGGCACUGGAUCUGUCCCGGGCGGGCCAUUUUCUGAUGUGUCAAGUUUGUUGGAGUCAGGCCAGACGACUGAAGAUGGCUGUGAAGGGGACAUUAGUGAUUCGGAUAAUGAUUGUUGUGAUUGGUUGCAAGAUUUUGAAUCUGUGAGGCCAUUCUUACCAGAGUUUUGGCUAAUCUUAAGAGUGUCUAUCGAUCGUGUUGAUACUUUCUUCCACUGCAGAACUGAAUCUGAAAUGGCUCGGUGGCGUGAAAUUCAGACAGAGGUAGUACGCUGUGUGCGGUCGCUUGUAAAACUCGUAAACCAAACACUGCUUCUUCAAGACCUGCACAAUACACGUAUGUGCAAUCAUCUAUUGGAACCUGAGACUUCUGAUGACAUUUGGCGUCAUGAAGAUACAAAGGGCAGAAGUGUUGAUGAUAGUGACCCGGAAUAUAGAGGCUAUUUAGAAGCAGCUUUCAAGUUCAAAGCUGGAGCCUUUGCCUGCAGAGUAGUGUGGGAAACCAAGUUUGAACUUCAUCCCAAGGUGAAGUUGUGUGCAGGAAAGGUGGGCAGCAAGGGAAUUCAAGCACUUCGCACAAUACUGAACCCAUUCUCUGUCAAUAACCGCAAGAAUAUGUUUGUCUAUGAAGAUAGUUCUGGCAAUGGCUCAAAUGUAUUCUAUCUCAGGUUGAAGGAGCACCAGUCCACAACAAUAUCACCGCAAGUUGAGGGACGUCGGGAUGAGACUGGAUUAUCCCGCAGCUCCUCGGCAGUGUCACUGGGAAAACGAGGAACUAGAGAGGAUGAUCCUUCAAAUCUCAAGACUGUUUGCACAUCUCAACAUUAUGAGCUACGGCCACGUGUAAGUUCCUUUGGAGAGAAGGAUGUUAUAAUGGAAGGAGUACCAUCGGCACCAGCACAACGCAAGCGAAAUCACUAUAUAAUUCUUACUGUGCAUGGAAUUGCUGAACCAGGCCCAGCAAUCAAGGAGGAACUAGUUCGGAUGUUACAGAACCGCUUGGAUGAAGCAGUAGUUGAGGCAAUUUGUUUGAUGCUCUGGAGCAACCCACAACAUAAGCUGACACCAGAGGAUGUUCACUUUAUUCAGCCACCUUAUCAGUCACCAAAAACUGUUAUCAGGUUCACUGUGAAUGCACAUGCACUACCAUAUUUACAAGCUGUGGGUUAUUAUCUACGACAGAACAUGCUGUCCUGUGGCUUCAUACACCCCAAGUUUGCUGAUAAUUGCCCUGAAUAUCAUUUUCAGGACUUCUCGGCUACAGAUCAGGAUCUUAGUAGUGAGCCAAACAUCUUCUUAUUUGUGCGUCCUAGAAAAUCUGCUGCCAAGGGCAUAGCAUGUAUUGCCUUUUCUGUAGUGGACGGAAGUGGAUGUACCGUACAAUAUAUUGGUUGUCCUCGACCAUCUAAAGAUGCAUAUCAAGAAAUUUUUACCAAACAGGAUUUUGAAGCACUCACUCACACGCAGGAAUAUCAGCCAAGUCCAACUAAAAGCCCUGGACCAAUGGCAAUGCUUCAAUUUAAAGUGUGGGAGAGUGGUCGUGUUGACUUGGAUGAAGUACGUCGCUACCUUGUGGAUUCAACACGCCACGCUCUUUGGGAUGUGAACACAGAAUAUCGUCUGUUGACAGCCCCUGUUACGCUAUCUCAUCCAGUACAGCAAUACUCCUCACCGGCAUCUGAACCAAGCACUCCUAAAAAAGAAACACGAGGUGCAGCAAUGAGAUCAGUGAGUUUGCUGGAGACAGGGACUCAGCCAGUAGAGGACCGCACGCGCUCAGUCUCCGUCUCGGGUGUCCCUCCUCAUGUAUGUCUCCCAAGAAUGGCAAAUAAACUAGGGAGUAAGAAGAUGGUGCAUCCCAGUGAAGGACGAGGAGACAACCAGAGAGAACGAGCAUCCUCACCGCUCACAUUACUUCAGGCAAGACUGCGCCUCAUGUCUAACUCUGUGCCUGACCUGAAGUUACGAGGUUGCAGGACAGCCUCUCAGUCUCCUUGGGACUCGUCAACUGCGAGUGAUGGUGCCCCAACCAGUAUGGGUCACUCCCCAUUGAAGGUGCGUCACUCUGUUGACCUUGGGGUGGAGCGCAAUAAACUACUGGCUGAAGACGGAAAUUCAACUCUACUGGAAAGUCAAGCAUGGGAUUACAUUACAAGUUCAUGUUCCACUCUUCACCCUAUAUUUCAUGGACUCAUCCUGGAUUGGCUGGAGUAUGCCUCAGAGCUGGAUGAGAAGGGUGAACAUGCAGUGCGCAAGGAACUUGGAGAAAAGGGAGGAGAACAUGCUGUUAAAAAGCAUGCUGUUCAUAUUACCACAAGACAUGCUGUACCUAUUUUCAUAACGGAACUACAAAAGUGGGUGUCGCAGCAUUCUAAUGAUACCACAACCAAGAUAUUUGAGGAGACCAUGCAUGAGAGUGAAGAAGCACCUGUUUACACUCUGGUUGAUUCAAGCAAGGUUCCUCAAGUGGUGAAAGCAGAUCCCAAGGGAGGAUAUGUUCAUAGCAACUUCAUAAUCAUUGGUCGUAACAAGCAUCUAUGGUGGGCCUCACUCUUUGAAGAAAAUUUUAAUGAUUACUCCUUAAGUAUGAUCAUGUCAAGCAAGAAUAGUCAGCGGUAUCAUCCUUUAGUUGUGUCACCAAGAGGCCGCUGUAUGAGUGGUGGGGAGGCAUCAUUCCCUCGGCUGGAAAGCACAGGUGUGUCAAGUGGGGUGACCACACCAAGUGUUCUUCCACCACCCACAACACCAUUAGCUGUAUCUGUUACUGGCAAUGCUGUGUCCUCAGCCAUUGCCAUCUCUAACCCUAUGAACGUCCCUUCCACGCCGACUAGCCUCUCAAGUGCUGUAGGUUCACUGUGGCAGUGUGAAGCUGCAGAUGUGUUAUUCAUUCCUCGUCAGAAGCUCCUUUUAGCAACACUACGAGGCCUGGAGCUUGUCAUCUACACAUACAACUGGACUAAGGAACAUUGUGAUAAUCUUCAUUCAGCAAUGACACGUUUGGGGCAUUGGUCUACUGCCCGUAAUCGGCUCCUGUCUACCAUAGUUCUGCAGAAGAUGGGGCUUUACCACAACCAGCCAUUUAUGUGCAAGAGUGCAGAUAAAAAAGAAGAGGGCAACAACCCUUACAUUGGUAAUGGUGCACAUGUGGAGGGACUCAUCAAGUUCCAGUCUCCAAUAAGAGAAUUGCCAGCAAACACAGACCGAGGCAACAGGAGAGUUCAGGGGGUGCUGUCAGUUCCCAGCCUGAAUGAUGUAUAUAGAGACAGCAGACCUCGCAGAUCUCUUAGAAAUUCUCAGUAUGGAAGUUUGAAGGAUCUGGAGCUUCGUCAUGGGACCCAGAUGACAGAAAUUAGGCGCCACAUUUUACAGAGAGAAACUCAACGGAAAGUACUGUUAAAGACACUGGUUCAGACACAUGGCCACUCGAGCCCAGUCUUCAAUGACAAGAUCUUGGCUUUGUACAAACAGAAUGCCCGCAUUGUACAUUUCUGCUACACACCUCUUCUCUUUCUGCCAAGGUGGCGGUGGCAGGUGGCAGCUGCCAGAGACCACAGCCUGGCUGAUCCUCACUCGCCUGCAGAUAAGACGACUACUUUUGGCUUAAAGACUCCUGAACCUCGCUCUCGACACGACUCCGGUAGUUCUGCCAAAGGCAUGGGUGGAAGUGGUCCCACUGAUCUGCGUCGUUCAUUAUCGCUCAAGUCGAACUUACCAAGCCCUAGUCAACGUCGACGCCACGUGACGGGUGGAGAUGAGAAGUGGCAUGAUGCACUCUGUUCCAGCUACCUUAAGGAAUAUAUCCAAUACUUACAAAGCUUAGGGUUUCUCACAUUAAAUGUGACACAUGCUCCUCAGCAACGCGGACGUGGUAUUGGUCGAGAGCCAGAAAGUCGCAGUUUCCGCAUCAAGGAAGUGCGCUUUAGUGAGCAAGUCACUAAGGAGCCAACUUAUUUAUUGAAGAAUGUCUUGGGUGGCACAAUUCUUUUGGAAAUUAUUUUCUUGGAGCCUUACUUCUCUGCUAAGAUAUACGUGUUGGAGUCGUGCAGAUUAGAGGGAAAAAAGCUGUCCUCACAGAUUUCUUUCUGUACCAAGAUUGAACCAGUAUCAAAAGUUGUGGUAGGAGGGCCGCUACCAACGCACUCUCCUGCAGCACCUAUCUAUCCUGAGGGCUGUCCUCCUGACCAGAUUGAUGAUAAAUUUGCCAUCAAUUCUUUCCUGGAUAAAGUAGAUGACAUAAAGGUCCUGCUUCACAUGCAUUCCUUCACAUUUGACUUCCAUCUCCGAGCGCUGUGCGCAUAUGUUGCUGAUCGACAGCUUCUCUUUACUCCUGGCUAUCACCUUUCAUCGUGUCUCUCCGACUUUAUCAAGUACUAUAACAAAGGACCCAACUUUGCCAGAAACCUUAUUCACUCAGGUAAAGUGACCAUAGCAGACACAGGAACUCCAGGAGAACAACUGUACAAUUAUCUUCUGGCACGAGAGAAGCAGUAUCGGAUGAGAGUGUUACGUAUGACUCCUGUCAUCCACGAUCCUAAUGCUCUGAUGCAGUAUACGGAAUUUAUUCUGGUUCACACCAAAACUUGUCGGGUGCAUUACAAAGAUGCCAAUGAUCAGAGAGUAUCGGAUGAGUAUGAUGUUACCUUACUGGUUUCCCACAAUACUAGCGGUGAGCUUCAUGUGGGAAAUAUGCACCCAAAUAUCCUACAUCUCAAUUUCUACGUCAUCUUAACAAGCACACGAGAGAUGUACCCAAAUCGUAUUCUGGAGAAAAAAAUGGGCAAGUUCCGAACCGUAUCUACAGCACCAUCCCUAGGAAAGCGUUGGACUCCAUCUUCCACUCAUCCGGAAGGUAGUGAUCAGAGUGGCUCUGUUACCCCUCCUGCUGGUGCUGAAGAUGAACUACCCAAAGUUUCUUCAGCCACAGAUGAUCUCCCACCACCUGUCAAAUCAUACAUUGGCAUCAGGUCAGAGAGUGUGAACUACCUUGGAUACUACACGCAAUAUGAGGAGACAAUGCAGAGGACGCUGGAGGCUCAGGCUGAAGAGGCAAGAACUCGUAUCCAUCACAUUUUCAACCAGGCUAAAAUACAUUGCAGACGAGAUUCACUGUGGCAACGCUUGACAGCCAGUCUUCGAGAAGAUGAAAGGCAGAAAUUAACCAGGGAACAGAUACUUGGUGGAUUAAGCUUUAGUGAACUUAGUGAGCUUUUAACCCUGGUGAGUGUUGAGCCUCUAAGUUCAGUAGAUCCACAGCUCUUGCCCCUCCUCUCCAAACCUUUGCAGUGGUAUCAAGGUCUGACGAGGGUCCUGCAAUCUAAGUACCAGGAGCGACAUAGGAGUUUAACAUCUAGUGAUGGUAACAUUCAGCAUGUGGUCGUGUUAAGCUCCACCUGCUCUGAUGCUUUUAUGAUGCUCUCCAUCAAUUUACAUUACCAGAAAGCAGAAUUAUGCUGUGUUAAUAAGCAACUUAAAGGUGAGGGUGGAACGCAAGCAUUCACAGAUCGUCGUGUUCAAGCUCUCAUACAGGACUUUGUCAAUGCCUGCUGCUUUCAUCUGUGGUGUGGGCUUUUGUAAAUAUAUAUUUUAUACGUUCCUAUUUGAUUAACAAGCAUCUUCCAAACCAGCAUGUUACCCUGGUGUUAUUUCUUCAUGAAGUGUUACGCUAUAAUGGUGAGAAAUACUGUCUGUAGAGAAUGUCACAAUAAUGUGGCUCAAAAUUAAUACCCAACCCAAACAUGGAAAGAAAGGAAUACAAUAAUGUCAUUCCAUCCUGGACAUGAAUUGAUAAGUGUCCCAGAUAAACUGAAAUGUCAUCAAAUUCCUUAAUUUUCAUGUGUUGGUUGGGUAUUAAAUAUAGUCAUUAAAAAAAAUCAGACAUUAACAAAUUAUGCCAAUUAAUAAUGUAAAUCAUAAAGUUCAAAGAGCUAGUCACGUAUUAGCCAUCUUUGUUUCACACGUACCAUAAAAGACAAAAGUUUUAGUUGUUCUUUUAACAUUCUUGAAUAUUCGUUAAAACUCCUUUGAAAAAAGGAAGGAAGGAGAGAGGAGGGAGAGAUGGAGGGAGGGGGGGGGGGGGGAGGCAGGCUAGCUAGCUAAUAUUUUGUGUGAUUAAAUGAAGCAGUUUGUCCUGAAUCCUAAUAACACCUACAUAUUUCUUUUUAUUUAAAACAUUUGUAUAAUUAGAUAUAUGCUCUAUCAUUUGCUCCUUCAUUUAUACUGGGUUCUCUGAACAUUAUUCUACCCAAUUCUUAAAUAUAGAAUACUUGUACUCCAGCAGUGCUUCUGAAUAAUCUUGAACCUAACCAUAAAUCACCAGUGCUACAAAGUACAAAAUAGUGAAGUCUGUUAGUGCAUGCUUGAGUGUGAUUUGUAUAUUUCAUAAUGACAAAUAUUAUAGCUUAUUUCAUUCAGUUUAGCCUAACCUUAUGAAUUUUGUUCUAUUGAGUUUUGUCCCGUGACUAAAUCCUUAGUGAAUCUGAUAAUUACCCCUUUUGAUAAUUUCUUAUUUGUGAUUGCUUUCUGUAGGUCUUAUAAAAAUAAGAAUACAUACAUUUAAACCAAACAGGUUAAGAAAUUUUGGAAGAGUAAUGAAGCAGAAUUUGGGACAAGUACUCAUUAGGUUGUGUCCUGAAUGACUAAUGGCAUUCAUUAAAUAAUGAGGCAUCUGCACCCCAGAAUUCUCUUCCUCUGAAGGUUGGUUGUCCAUGUCUAAACAAUUUAAGAUCGUAAGUUUAAAAACCAUUCAUCUACCCCAAUGUUUUACAGGUAGUUUGGUAGAUGUCAAUUUUUACUGGUUAAAAAUAAGUACAGGUAGCAGGAUCCUAUUUAAUUUUUACUGUAUGGUUUUUAAAGUGAAUUUGAUCAGUAAAUUUAUAAUAGGCCCAGAAAUACUACAAAUUAACAGGUGUCUACUGCAUUUAGAAACUGUAAUGAACCAUUCUUUGGCUUUGUACUUUGUAUAUGAAUGAAAUAUAUGCAUAAUAUGAUCUGUAACAACUACCUGAAAUGGAAGUUAAUAAGUUGAUUUAUUAAUGGCUCUUAUGUGAUUCUCAGUUUUGUAGAGCUACAAUUUUCCGCGUACAGAUGUGGCCAACCCAUGACGUGCCUAAGUAACAUCCUAUAAUAAUAAUGCUAAAUUAGGAAUCUAGAAAUAUAUAGUAAUUAAAAUUGUCAUUAAUUGCUUAGAAAAAGCUGGAAAUUUUUAAUUUCCGUAUUCUAAAAAAUAUUAAUGUUAAUUCUCAUAACAUAGUUGGCCAUUGGUGACCAUGUUUAUGAUUUAAACACAUUAAGCUUUUGUCAUCUGUGAUCUUUAAUCACAUUAAUAUUCUUACAUCCUCAGUCUUGAGCAUUACCAUACAUUUAUUUAAAGAAUUUUGUGUGGAAUCCAAGCACUUUGUUAUUGUGCAGUAUUCCUUGUUAGUCAGAAACUGUCCUUCAGGAAUUAUAGAUCAUUCCAUGUUACAUGGAUAAAACAUUACUAUUCACCUUAAGCAACAUGUUCAUUCUUACACUGUCACAAGCUAUUACAAAUUAUUUAUAUGUAUAGAAGAUUUGCAUGCUUUGAGUGGUUUACCCAGAAUGGGUGAAUGUUUUUAUAAAUUAAUAAGUAAUUUUUUAUUCUGAUAAAUAACAAGUGAUGAGAAUAUUAAUUUAUAUUUAUGUACAAGUUCAGAUUCUCAUUAAAAACAAGAGAUGUUUAUAGACAAUAAAACUCUCAUUGUUGAUGACUUACACAACAAACACUUCAAUUGUAAACAUGUGGACAAUGCUUGGUGGCAGUCAUAAUCCUUCACACUGUUUUGUUUACACAUCAUUGUAUGAUUACAUUGUUUGCCAUGUAUAUACACACACAGUUAUAAGGAAUGGUUUUUAAGAUUAUUAGUUGGGACUUUGAGUAGCAUAAAGUGUAUUAACUCGUAUAUAUAAUGUGCUGUGAUACAUAGCUAGGGUGUUGAAAAAGUUUGAAUGAAUGCACUGAUUUAAUCUACUGCUCACAGUCAUCAGUAACAAUUUAAGUCAUUUCUGCCUUACCUGUUAUUAGUUUAACUCUGCUUAUAACAUGCAUACAAAUUUAGGCACUAUACUCUAUUUGAAUAGUAGAAAUACACACUAUUACAGUACAUUUUUUAUUAGAUAAAUUAGUGCUGUAAAUAUAAAUUAUUAUUUAGUUGCAGGUUUAGUAUAGGAAAUAACCAUAUGUUUUUUUUCUUAAUUUUUAAUAGUUAUAGGAAUGUAUUUUUGUUUAAUAUUUUUAGGUCCUUUACAAGAUGGUUCAUUUCAUGCUUAGUAGAGUGGCUUCUCUAUUUAGGGUAAUACGUGUGCUAGUUUAGGUAUGCAAUAUAUUUUGAAUUGGAUUGUAAUAUAUUAUGAGCACAGAAUUUGUUAGGGUGUCCCCCUCUUUUUUUUUAUAUACUGAAGUUCGUUUGAUUUAAAAAUUAUUCAACUACUGCGAAUUGGAAAGUAAUACAGUAUUAAGCUUUUCUUUUGUCAUAAAUAUGUACUUUGA